AUGUAUAAUCAAAACUUAUUUCCAAAUUACGCUGGCAAUCAUAGUCAUGGUCCUCAGGGUUACUAUAGUCCUAAUCAAGGAUUUUCUCCCUUUGUAAAUCCAAAUUUUGCCAAUCAAGAUCCCAUUCGCAUGCAACCUUCUCAGGAACGCAUUCCUUCCGAAACAGCGUCUAUGUAUCAACGUCAGGAAGACGGUCCAUUGUUGUGGUUUGCAGGCCCACCUGUAAAUCCAACCCCUAUACAAGGACCAGCUCAUUCCCUUGCAUAUUUGAAGUGGAAACAAGCCCAAAAGUCUUCCUAAGAGAAAUCUUGCUCAAGAUGUACCCAAUUUGAGACUCUUUUUUUUAUUAUUUUUAUUAUUAUUCUCAUAUGCAGUAAAGAAAGGGAUAACUGAGUUUAAUCAAUUGUGCAUUGGCUGGUUCCUCCAGUGUAUGAUCAUUGUUAUUUUACUCAGAAAUUAAGAUUGAUAUGUUGGGGAUAUCUAAAAGUCCAGCCUUUUGAGCAGAUACUUACAGAUGUCGCUUAUUAGUAAGAAGACCAUAAUGGUAUCUUUAUUUACCAAAGAUAAUACCACAAAUAAAUAUAUGUUUAUUUUCG